AGGUAUAGGUACAUGAAAUGUAAAAACUCGUCUUUCAAAUAAGUAUACUAAACGGUCGAAUAUCUGUAAUUCUGAAAACGAUGAAGUUCCGAUGUAUGUUUCAACCACGUUCAAUGUCAUUUUCAAUGUUUUUUUCAUCGCAAGUUCGAUUAAUAAAUAUCAAGUGUGUGUUUCAUGAAGUGACGUGAUUCUUCGCCAAAUUUUCUAACGUUAGGAAAAAAAUUUUAACUAAGAUUUCCGGUAUGUUUGCGUAGACCUAUACCGAGGUUUUGAUUUUCGGUUGCAAAUUAUAAAUUCACGAUUUGAUGUUAAAUUACUCGUUCAAUUUUAAUGACUGUGGUUAAAAAUGUGGCAAUGAACGAGAAAUCUUCGCUAAAUAUUCCAUCGUCAGAUAUGCAUCUCGAUAAGAAUGGUGUGGAAUUCAAGGAAGAUCAAGUAAAAUCGAUGGAAAACAAAGGUGUCUCAGUAAUAUGGAAAAACCUAAGAGUUACUGCCGAUAUCAAGACUCAACACGUGUUUGGAAACACUACUCACACGUUCAAGGAAAUAAUUCAUGAUGUGAGCGGAUUUGUCGAACCCUGCAGUUUGGUUGCUAUUUUAGGAGCAAGUGGAUCGGGCAAAAGUACUUUGAUGUCAGUGUUAGCGAACAGACAGCCAGGAGAUUUAAAAGUCGAAGGAGACGUCCGAAUAAAUGGAGAUAAAAUACCUCUAAAAUUAAUGAGAUCGAUUUCCGGAUUUGUUUAUCAAGACGAUGUAUUUAUUCCUACAUUGACUAUUUUAGAACACUUGCAUUUUGCUGCGAAAUUGAAACUAGAUAAACGAAUUACCACCGAGUGUCGUAAAAAAUUGGUGGACGAUUUAUUGAAGGAUGUUGGUUUGACAAAAUGUGCCAAUCGUUUGAUCGGUACUUCGAACUAUGGAGAAGCAAAGAUGAACUUAUCAGGAGGUGAAUUAAAACGAUUAUCUGUUGCUACCGAAUUGUUAACCAAUCCACCUUUGCUGUUUUGCGAUGAGCCAACCACCGGGUUAGAUUCCUUUACUGCCUUAAAAUUAAUCAUGAUUAUGAAAAAUAUGACUAGUCAACGAGGUAAAACAAUCAUUUGCUCGAUUCACCAGCCCAACGAGAAGAUAUUUGACCUAUUUCAACAAAUAAUUUUGCUGCAUAAUGGGAAAAUAGCGUUUAGUGGAACGUCCAAAGAUGCUGUGAUAUUUUUUCAAAGUAUCGGUUACCCUUACAAAGAAGAACAAAAUCCAGCUGAGUAUUUAGUCAAAAGUUUAGCAAUAGUUCCUGGACAAGAGCUGAAAACUUCUGAUAAAGCAUCAAAUAUUUGCGAAAAAUUUGAAAAAAGCCAGUACCCUAGAAAUAUAGACGCUCAAAUUGAACGAGAAAGAUAUGAAAAGGUCGAAAGUUUCAAUGUAUGUGAGAAAAUCGAACGUAUUUCCUGGAUUUAUAUGCUUUACUUGAUGACGUAUCGUAAUCUAUUAGGUGCCAUUAGAGAUCCAUCCGUACAAAAUAUAAGAAUAAUUAAUAAAGUGGCACUGGCCUCAAUUUUGGGCUUUUUUAUGAUGGGAAGCAUCACAAUGACUCAAGAAGGCCUCAUGCCAUUGAAAGGAAUGAUAUUCACGAUGGUUACCGAGAAUUCCUUCCCUCCUAUGGAUAAUAUCAUCGAUCAUUUCCCUAACAGAAUGUUCGUGUUUAUUAGAGAAUAUUCGAAUGAUAUGAGCACACCCUCGAUCUUCUAUUUAUCAAACAUAAUUUCACUGAUGCCUGGAUUUUUGUUCGAUUCGAUGUUAUACACAACAUUGAUGUACAUAUUUUUGGGACUAAAGAGAAGCUGGUAUGCUUUUCUAGGAACCAUUGUUGUCAAUAUUUUAGUAAUUAAUACAGCAGCUUCGUUCGGAACCCUCGUAUCAUUACUAACGGAUAGUGUAUUUACUUCUCAAUCAAUCACACUAUCUGUUGGAAUCGUUUAUAUGUCAUUUUCUGGCAUAUUCAUGAACGUAAGAUCAAUUGCUUGGAUAUUAUCUUGGAUAAGGUACGUUUCGUGGAUGACGUACGCGGUAGAAUCUUUGCUCAUAUUACAGCUCGACGGUGUAGAUCAGAUUCAAUGCUCUAAAGCUACAGAUGUGCCAUGUUUGAGAAACGGUGAAGAAGUAUUACAGUCGUUAGGGUUCAAUAGUAACAAUUUGCAUGGGGAUGUAAUUAUGAUAUUUUGUAUUUUUGUCAUUUUACAAGCGCUUAGUUUUUCAGCGCUGAAAAUCAGAUUGUAUUUCAAAACGAAUCGUUAAUUUACCUAUUAUAAUUGUAUCUACAUGCUAAGGUUACCUAAGUAUAUGGUUCCUAAAAUGAAUAUUUUUUGUUACUUUCUAAUGAAUUAUAUGCCUAAGUAUUACAUUCAACGUUCUCGAUGGUUA